GCCAACCAUAUACUCUCCCUCCCCCACCACACACACACCAAACCUCCUCUGGCUCUCUGACCUCCGUGAGAUUGCAGUCAGUCCAGGGGGAAUCUGUGAGAGACAUGGAGAAAGAGAUGGGGGACCCCCUGGCUGGAGCAGACCAACAGAAUAGGCAACUAUGGCUGGAGAACCGGGUAUCAGAGUAAUGCUUGACCUCGGGAAACAAUGCUCUACCCACCAUCUUGACUGGUCUUCAACCCUUCUCUUUCCCCACACUCAGCCAAAUUUCUUCUUCCAGUCACAGAAGUAUCCAGCGAAAUUCACUAGGUAGGAGGCUCAUCAUCUGGGAAGAACCGGUGCCUGGGGGGACCUGGCUGGAUAGGUAUGGGGGAUAGAGGCCAUUCCCCUAGUCCCCGGUCCCCUCAUGGCAGUCCUCCAACUCUAAGCACCCUCACUCUCCUGCUGCUCCUCUGUGGACAGGCUCACUCCCAGUGCAAGAUCCUUCGCUGCAAUGCCGAAUACGUCUCGUCCACGCUGAGCCUUCGGGGAGGGGGUUCACCUGACACGCCGCGUGGAGGUGGCCGUGGUGGGCUGGCCUCGGGUGCCUUGUGUCGCGCCCUGCGCUCCUACGCUCUCUGCACGCGGCGCACGGCCCGCACCUGCCGCGGGGACCUCGCUUUCCACUCCGCCGUGCAUGGCAUAGAGGACCUGAUGAUCCAGCACAACUGCUCACGCCAGGGUCCCACUGCUCCGCCUCCAGCCCGGGGCCCCGCCCUGCCCGGGGCCGGGCCAGCGCCCCUGACCCCAGAUCCCUGUGACUAUGAGGCCCGGUUUUCCAGGCUGCACGGUCGAGCCCCGGGCUUCUUGCAUUGCGCCUCCUUUGGAGACCCCCAUGUGCGCAGCUUCCACAACCAAUUUCACACAUGCCGCGUCCAAGGAGCUUGGCCCCUGCUAGACAACGACUUCCUCUUUGUCCAGGCCACCAGCUCCCCGGUGUCGUCGGGAGCCAACGCUACCACCAUCCGGAAGAUCACGAUCAUAUUUAAAAACAUGCAGGAAUGCAUCGACCAGAAAGUCUACCAGGCUGAGGUGGACAAUCUUCCUGCAGCCUUUGAAGAUGGUUCUAUCAAUGGGGGCGACCGACCUGGGGGCUCGAGUUUGUCCAUUCAAACUGCCAACCUUGGGAGCCACGUGGAGAUUCGAGCUGCCUACAUUGGAACAACUAUCAUCAUUCGACAGACAACUGGACAGCUCUCCUUCUCUGUCAGGGUAGCUGAGGAUGUGGCGCGGGCCUUCUCCGCUGAGCAGGACCUACAGCUGUGUGUCGGGGGAUGCCCUCCGAGUCAGCGACUCUCUCGCUCAGAGCGCAAUCGCCGCGGGGCUAUAGCCAUAGAUACUGCCAGAAGGCUGUGUAAAGAAGGGCUUCCGGUUGAAGAUGCCUACUUCCAAUCCUGCGUCUUUGAUGUUUCAGUCUCUGGUGACCCCAACUUUACUGUUGCAGCCCAGACAGCUCUGGAUGAUGCCCGAGUCUUCUUGACGGAUUUAGAGAAUUUACAUCUUUUCCCUUCAGAUGCAGGGCCUCCCCUCUCUCCAGCCGCCUGCCUAGUCCCGCUUCUUUCCGCUCUCUUUCUUCUGUGGUUUUGCAGCGUUCAGUAAGUAGGCCAGCAACCCGGGACUCGUUUGGAAACUGAUUUAAGGAUAGAGGUUGGUGUGAGAAAACACAAAGAUGUGCCAAAGGUAACAGCGAGGACAGGAGACAACGUCACUUACUCAGACAAGGUUGCAGUCCAGGGCUGAAAUGACCCUAGAAUAAAGAUUCUGGGUCAGGGUUUGCACUCCAGACCUUGGCAUGGGCUAUUCACCAUGAAAUUCCCGGUUAGUGAUUUCCCACUUAUAAUGAAAUUCCACUCUCUGUACACCUGAUAUCACUCCUGCAAGCCUAGAGAUUGUGAGAGUGCUAAUGACCAGCAAAAUGGGUUGCAAUACCUUAAAGGCAAAAACUAAAAAAGGAAAAACAUGAUUAUCUGUAAGAAAGUCAAAAGAGGAGAAACUAAUUAGGGAAAGCUUUUUGGUUCAGAAACGAAGUGGGCAUCAUCUGACAGAGGACUCUGCUUUUGGAGACUGGCAUCUCCAUCCCUUCCCAGUCUGUUAUUAAAGCGAUGUGUUCUCUGUCCUCUGAUGCCUCUGUUGAAUCCCUUUACAAAUGUGUGGCUUACAAAUGGAAUUGAGGCUGUGUGUUCCCUCCACUGGAAAAAGAAAAAAAAAAAAGGCCUUACAGUUACCAGCUAUUGUCUCCUCCCUCUUGGAGUCUACAGGCUGUUGGAGAGAAAAAACUGGUUCAUAA